AUGGCGGCGGUGGUGGCGCGGUCGGACGUGGAGGCGACGGUGCAGCUGCUGGGCGCGGACAAGGCCAAGCCGCGCGAGGUACGGCGGGUAGUGGGGGGGUGUGCUGGGAGGGUUGUGACGACGGGGGCUCUGCAAAGGGUUGUGAUGGGGGGUUGGGUUUCUGGGAUAUCUCAAGAGGCGAUGGAUGGUGUCAGUUGCUGGGCGCGCGCGGACAGGGCCAAGCCGCGCGAGGUACGGCGGGUAGUAGGGGGGUGUGUUGGGAGGGUUGUGACGGCGGAUGCUCUGCAAAGGUUUGUGAUUGGGGGUUGGGUUUCUGGGAUAUCUCAAGAGGCGAUGGAGGGUGUCAGCUGCUGCGCGCGGACAGGGCCAAACCGAGCGAGUGCGGGUAGUGGGGGGCUUGUGGGGCGUCUCAUCAGUUGGGCCGGAGGGGCUUUUCAUAUCCCUCAAGAGGCGAUGAUGGCGCAGCUGCUGGGCGCGGACAGGGCCAAGCUGCGCGAGGAGGGCUUUAAGAGGCUGCAUCGCUACAUGCACGACUCGUGCAUGCUGUCCUUCUGCACCGCUCUGGACCGAGAGGAGCUGUGGUGCACGGUGGUGGCAGCGCUGUGCACUGCAAUCAACAGAGACGUGCUCGCCACAAACGCCACCCGCACGCGCCGCACCCACAGGCAGGAAGCAGCGAGAGAGCUGCGGAGGCUGAUAGAGGCCGCCGAUGAGAGAGUACCCCCACCCCCUCUAGGCGCCCACCCCUUGCGCCUAGCCAACAGGGUGCGCACGCUGUGUCAGCACAUAUCAACCACGCUGCCCAUGGCGCCCUCCUUUCUCACCGACUACUGCCAUGCUCUGCUCGCCGUGCUCGCCGUGCCCGACUAUGCCCUCUGCAUUGCCAACACCAAAACUAUGCGAGAGCUGAUCACAUUCUUCAUGAGCCGACUGGAGCUUGCAGUUGGCGCAGAUCCCACCACCACAGGGACGCACCUCCUGCCAGCAUCAGCAUCAGCAUCAGCAUCAGCAUCGCCUGCUGCUACUGCUGCAGCGCUCAAUCAGCAGGCCUUCCACGCAGCUUCCUCCGUGCUGGCGCUGACUCGCUGUGCAGCGGGCGGCGCCUCCCUGAAGGUGCAGCAGAAGCACGACAUGGCGGGCAGCUUCACCCGCAUCUUCACUCACCUCAGUGACGACGGUCGGCUGGCGCGCAAGCUGCUGGCAUGCGGGGCGGCCUUCCUCGCAGAGUGUGGGGCGGGCCUCGCUGCAGCGGGGGAACUGACAGGACUGCUGGGCGCACUCAGGGGCUUUGUGGUGCGCACGUGGCACUGCACACGGGAUGAGAAUGUCAUGGAGGGCCUCAUUCUCUCUGCGCGCAUGCUCGUGCGCCUCACAGCGGGAGGGCAGCUGCAUGACGGGGACGGGGAGGUGUGCGAUGCGGAUGAUGGGGAGGAGGAGGGGUCACUGCAGGCGGCUGCACGGAGGGCGACAGGAGGGGGCGAGGGGAGCAGCAGGGAGGUGCAGAGCGAGGUGCUGUUGCUGGUGGUGAAGGAACUCUCUCGCUCUUCCACUGCUGCUGGGGGGACUGCUGGUGCCGCUGCCUCUGCCAGCCUUCUGCCAGGUCUAGACGUGCGGGCUGUGACAGCAGCGGCCAAGUCAUCACUGCACGCAUCAUCCUCCGUGGCGCAAUCCCAUUGGCCCAUCAUGGACCUCGCCGCCUCACUCCUCUCCCAGCAACUGCACCACCUACCACCACCAUCACCACAGUCACCGCCACCAGCAGCAGCACCACAUUCUGCGGAGGAGGACGAAGACGGCCGCCCGGCAAAAAGGCAAAGGAGAGGCGUUGGCUCUGGCACAGUGGGCACGGCACCAGGCAGCAGCGUGGGAGUGGGUCCGCUGGCAAAGGCAUAUGAGGGCGGUUUCCGGGAAGGCGGCGGCGGUGGUGGUGGUGGCGCGAGUGGCUCCUCGGUGUGGGCUCAGAUGGAGGAGCACAUUGCACACGGCGCUGCCCCCUGGCUAACAGCUCUGUGUGUGCUCCUGUGCGACCAUGGCCACUCCAUCCCACCACACGCCCUGCACCGCUGGCUUUCCCUCCUGCACACCCACUUCGCCAGGUGGAUGCAGGAUGCACGGCACAAGGGCUCGCUGCCAACACCCAUCUGGGCGCUCAGGUGCCUGGAGCAGCUGUGCACGUUGCUCACCGCUCCUCAACCUCUGCAUCACUCAAGCCAAGUUCCUCUCAGCAACAGCCCCGCACCAGCUUCACCACAGCACCCGCAGCACCCUCCGCAGCAUCUGUCACUUGCUGCUCUGUGGCAGAGCGUGUGGGGCGAGGUCACUGCUGCUCUCCCUGCACUGCCUCAUGCCGUGGUAAUUGCUGCUCUGCCGCGCUACACCCAACCUGUCUCCUGCAUCUGCAGUCGUCAAGCUUCCUGCUUCUUAGUGCGGCCCAUUCUUCUCCGAGGACGUGACUCCUCCCAGGGAGCUGCUGGCACUGCCGCAAUUCAAGGAGGGAGCAGUUCUCACGAGGUGAGCAUAGACCUGGCGUUGCCGAACCCACCUAUACCCUCUCAGAUCUUUGCCUUUUGCCGCACUCUAUGUUGCCUUUUCACGCUCCCUCACGCACGCCUCGUCCUUGGACUCCCACGCAUGCCCAUACCAGUGCGCCAGGAGGCAGCACUGCUGGCGCUGAAUCCAGCUGCCACGUCACCGCUCAGCUCGGCACGAGUGGUAUUGCUGCAGUGGCUGCUUGCAGGCAUGGAAAACGAGGCUCACGGCCCGUCCCACUCCAGAGACUCCGAGCCCUCUCACCCCAUCACCCUGCGCACCGCUCUGCACCGCACUCACCGUCCACCAGAACCAUCUCUACUUGCAGCUGCCCUGUGCGCAGCAGUGACAGGCGAGUCACCCUGCACCCGCAUAUCCGCUCCUGCAACAGCAGCUGCCGCCGCUGCUGCCGCCUCUCUUGCUGCUGCGCCUGGCGCCGCUGCUGCCUCGUCCCGCCCUUCCCAGUGCCCCGUGCCCACCUCCUUCCACCAAGACUGGUGGUUCCCUCUGCACGAAGACGGGCGGGACAUGGAGCCAGCUCUCCCUCGCCUCGACCGCAGUCCUCACUGCCUCGUUGCAGCAGCUGCAGGGGCAGCUGGACCUGCAGCAUGCGCCCCUCACACUGCCUUGUGGCAAGGCGUGCCACUGUCUGCUGCUGCUGUCCCUCCGACUUCGUCCCCCCCGCCAUGGGUUGCAGCCUGCCAGCAGCACCAGGACAAGCACACACCUCCUUCUCUCGCCUCCUUCUCCCACUCCCCACCCUCAACCGCCCUCACGCUCUCCCGCUCGCUGCUCGACUCUUCCCGCGUUCUGCCGCUCUCCCAAGCAGCCCUCUCCUCGCUCGCCGCGCUCACCUGCCCGCCAACCAGUGCAGCCAGAGAGGGUGACGGAGGGGCAGAUGCGGUGGGAGGAGGGGUGGGGGGAGGGGUGGGCGGAGGGGUGGGGGGUGAAGGAGCAGAUGGUUGGGGGAGAGGGUCAGGAGGAGGAGGGGAAAGGGAGUGGCUGGAGGGUAGGGGUUCAGCUGGCAGCUCUGGGGAGGGUACUGGGGUGUUCUCAGUGUGUGCACAGCAUUCUCUCUCCUCACCCCUCACCUGCAGAACCCUCCCCUCGGACCUCCUCCCAGGGGGUCUUUUGGAAAAGCAGAGUCUCCAGUCAGCUGUGGCAGCUCUCGCACCUCCGCCAUCCAUCACUCCCACCACCUCUCUGGAGCUUCCCUCCCUCCCACUCAUCCACGACCUCCUCUUCAUCCUCCCACUCACCCCCGCCGCCCUCCCUCUCCUCUCCGCCAUGCUUCGCCUCGCCACCACCUCCUAUACCACCGUGGCCGAAGCAGCCGCUACAGCUGCCGCUACAGCAGUAGGAGCGGGAGGCGGAGCGACAGGGGGUGGUGAAGCGGCAGUGUCGACGCUCUCACUGCCUCCAGCCUCUGCUGUCACCUUUGCCGCGAGGAGUCGCUUGGACGACGAUUUUGACGACGACUGGGAGUUUCAGCAGCCGUCUGCUGCCACGAGUGGGCUGCACGGCGGGCACAGUGGGCUGCAAGCUGCUGGCGGAAGGGGCGGGAGAGGCGGGGCAAGAGGAAGAUUGGGAGGGAUGAUGGGUUCGAGAUCAGGCGCAGUUGUGCCCAGCUUUCAGUCUCAGUUCCAGCAGCAGCAGGUGAUAGAGCUAGACGAGGAGGGUGGGGAGGGGGAGGAGACUCGGAUCUUUGACAAUGACUUGGAUGCGCCUGGAGUGCUGCCGUCCCAGGCUCCCCUGGUGCGCAGCAGACACACACAGAGUGUUGCGGGCAAUGCCGCUGCUUCCAGUGCUGCUCGUGCUGCACUUGCUGUUGCUGGUGCUGGUGCUGGUGGUGGUGCUGGUGGUGGCAGUGCAACAGCAGCGGAGGUGGCAGAGGGAGCGGUGUGGAUGGUGGGGUGUGUGGCCGAGUUCAUUCCAGCAGUGGCAUGCAGAGAGGUGGCGUCGCUGCUGCAGCUCAAUGAAGGCUCCGAGUGCUACUGGCAGUUGCUCUCCGUGCUUGCAUCGCAUGCCGAACUAUUGAUUGCACUCGAGCCUGUGCUUACAGCUCUGGAGUCCCAUGCAUCCACCGAAGUGCACGCCCACCAGCAGCACCUCCUUCACCUCACAGCCAUAACUGCCCGCCGCCUUGCAGCGCACAGGGACGGCACCUUGCGGCCCCCCCUGCUCCGAUAUGAAGGCGUAAAGGGUUUGGGGGAAGUGGAGGAGGGGAUGGAGGGCGUGGGGAGCGUGGUGGCGUGGGCAGAGGCGGGGGACACCGCAACUGCGAGCGACACAGAUGUGAAUCAGGCGCAGCUGGUGAUGCAGGCGGCAGGCGGCACUUCUCCCCAUGCGCAGCAGGUGAUGCAAGCGGCACUUCUCCCCGUGCUUGGCAGCAAGCUGCCCACCCCAGCUGUGCGCAUCCACCUUGCACAUGCGCUCCUCGCACUCCUUCUCAGCGACUCUGACAUCUUUGACCCGUUCUUAGCUCUGCUUCACGACCGGGACUACGGGGUGCGGCUGCACAUGGCUCAGCUGCUGCCCGCACUCUUCCUCAAAUGGGAGGACCACCCCACGUUGCUUGCUGACACUCUCCCUGCCGCCCGCCGUGGCUUGCCUCUGCUGGCAGGUCCUGCAGGAAAGGGCGCUCUCUUGGGGCUCAUGCACAGUAGAGGAGGAGGUAGGGGUGGAGAUGGAGGAAAGGGAGGCAGUGGAGGAGAGGUAGGGGAAGAGGGAGGUGGAGAGGGAAGGGGAGAGGGAGGAGCAGGAGGGAGUGGAGGGUCAGAGGAGGAGAGAGUGAGGAGGGAGGUGGGGCGAGUGGAGAGGGCGAGGGUGGAGACGAGUGUGUUGCUGCUGGGGAGGAUAGCGGAGAGCAGCGACCUGGUGGAGGAAGAGGUGAGCUGCAAGCAACCCUUCUUCUCUCUGUCCGCUCACAGCUUCACAGCUUCCUUUCCUGCCCUGCCAUACCAUACCAUAACCAUGCUGCUGGGGAGGAUAGCGGAGAGCAGCGACCUCGUGGAGGAAGAGGUCGUAUUCCUCAUCGUUGCAGCGGCCGCCCUCCGCCUUGUUCGCAUCAAUGUGGCAGCUGCAGUCCUCACGACUGCUGCUGCAUCGCUGGGCUACCCGAGUCUGAACCAGUACCUGGACAUUCUCCUGCCCUCUGUGGCCAUGCGCUGGGUUGCAGCAGACGCCUUGCUGCUGCCUCUGCCCGCCCUCGCACAGGUGGUGGUGGCGUUGGAGCAAGCAGUUGAUGUUGGCAGCGGGGUGGGCAAGGGGGCGGGCACAGGAGGGGCAGGCUGCUGGGCGGCGGGUGAUGGGAGGCAGGGAGGAGAGGGGGGAGAUGAAGCAGGGUUUGACGUAGCAGGAGUGGGGGGUGCAGGAACGGUACCAGCGGGAGUGGGGAGCCCAGGAGCACUUGCGAGGGUGUGGAAGAAACUUGCCCCGCUGGUGCUGCCUGCGCUGCUGCUGCUGGGGAGGGAGGGCGACGUGCAGUGGCUGGCAGAGGUGAGUGAGAGAGCUCGACUCUCACAGUUGGCUCUCCAGGCGCCCGUCCCUCGGCUCCUCAAGGAGUCCUUCCCACACGUGGUCGCCGCGCUGCUGCCGUUCCGCCAAUCAGAGCUUGACACGUGGCAGAAGGAGGCUGCGACACGCGUGCUCACAACAGGCCUGCUGGCCGCGGCGGGGUGGAGUGAGGUGGAAAGGGAUCAGCUGCUGACCAAGCACAUGGUGCCCAUCAUCAGCUGUCUGCUGCACCACACGUCCUCCCAGCAGCGCCCGGCGCUGCCCUCCUUCCCCACCGCCUGCAUCCGCGCCACCAUCUGCAGCCUGGUCGACAGCAGCACUGCUGACUCGCGCGCCACCAGCAGCAGCGCACUGCCGUCCGCGCCUCCAUCCUUGUCAGACCACCUCAACAUUCUGCGCCCGGCCAACGUCUUCCCACUGCUCCUCGCCCUGCACAAGGCGGCUGUGGCGGCCUACAGUCCACGUCAUCGCUGCCACGUCAUCGCUGCGCUGUCAGUGCUGGUUGAUGUCUUGGGGGAAAGAAUCACUGUGCCGCCCACUUUCAGGUACCUGGUGCACAUUCUGCUCGCCUGCCUGCCCACCUCGGUACCCACCUGGCCUCCACCCGCCCCGCCCCUCGCCUCCUCGCAGCUCUCGCUCUCUCAGAGCCCCUCCUCGCCCUCACCAUCACCCUCGACUCAAGCAGCGGUGGCGACGGCGUGCCUUGUUGUGCUGGCGCGGGUGGUGGCUGCAGCACAGAGUGGCGGUGGUGGUGGUGGUGCCAAGGGAGGUGGCAGCAGUGGAACGGCAACGCCUGCUGCUUUGCUGGACCAGAGUCAGGCCAUAGUGUCUCGCCUGCUGGCCCUCUGCACUCCCUCCUCGCCAACCACAGCAGCAGGGGCAACAGCAGCGGCAGCGGGAGCGGCGGCAGCAGGAGCAGGAGGGGUGGCAGAAGCAGUGGCGGCAGGGGGGGCAGCAGCAGGGGCAGCAGGGGAGGAGGGCCAGGAGGAGGGCCAGGAGGAGGGGCAGGAGGAGGGGGAGCUUCCAGAGGCGCUGGUGGAGCUGCUGCGAGUGUUCACAGUGGAUGCCCCAUCAGCAGUGACGGCUCGCCUGCAGCUGCUGCACAUGCCAGCAGCAGCAGUGGCAGCACACCCCUCUCUGGCUCCCAUCGCCGACUCUCUCUCCUCGCUCUCCCACGACUCGCCCCUGCCACAACAGCUAACACAGCUUGCCUCUCGGGCCACCAGCCUCUCUCCACCUGUUCUCGCACAGAGUCUGAAAGCUCUCUGCGACCACCUCCCAACCACCAAGCACCUCCUGUGGUGCGACAACACUGCCCCUGCGGCCAAAGGCGUGGAGGGAGCACCAGGCAGCAGCAGCCCAGGGCUGGACGCAGGGGGCCCUGGGGAUGGCGUGCCGCGCCCCUCUGCUGAGGCCCUCGCUGCCACGUGGCAGCUGCUGCAGGUGUCACGACAGCUCAGCGAGUCGGACCCCUGUACGAGCACCAUCCGGGCGUGCCUUGGCAGGCUUCUGGCUGCUUUGGGCAUAUGGGAUGCCUCUGCCGUUUCCUUCAAGCCGCCCUCCACAGCAGCUUCAACAACAGGUUCAACAGCAGUGUCAGCACCCACGGGUGGUGUGACAGUAGUGAAUGCGGAUCCAGCAGGGGAGGGCAUUCACGAGGGGGUGAUUGUAUCGGUGCUCAAGCUGCUGGCCACCCUCCUUGUCGAUCCGGACGUGCAUGCCAUUCAGCUCGCUGCACAAACCAUCGAGUCCAUUCUCAUGACGGAGAGGGGCCAUCGGGUCUUCACUGCCACAGCCUUUGAGGAGAAGCAGUAUCUCGAGGCGCACAUAAAGACGGUCAACACCGCCCGUGCACAGCAGAUUACCCAGCGCCUAAGAGCCGAUGCAGCAGCCUCCACGCCUCCAGUGGACGACCCCGCGGUGUGGCAGGCAGUGGGCGCAUCUCACGAGGAGUGGGUGUGCCGGGUGGUGCAUUUGCUCAUUCGGCACGCGCCAGACAACAUUCUUGCGCUGUGUGCGCCGCUGUGCCGUGUGAAUGCCUCACUCGCUGCACUGCUCCUCCCCCACACACUCGCCACCCUCGCUGCCUCGCAUGCACCCACCACUCUCCUCUGCCGCACUAUCUCUACCCAGCUCACUACACACGUGCUGCAUCCAGCUCGCCUAGUCUCACCGCGCACGCUGCAGCUCCUAUUAGACGCGCUCACCGCCCUCAGAGCCUGCCACACCCGCGCUCGCAUGGCCCCUCCCCCCACUGCUGCUGCUGCUGCUGCUGCUGCUGCUGCCCGUGCUACUACCUCUGCCAUGGGCGCUCGAAAGAGUGCUGCCAAGGCGCCAUCAGCAGCACCACCCAGCACCACCACAGAGGCCUCUACCCGCACAGGCAUGGCAGGCAGCAGCAGCAAGGGCAAACGAGGGGGCAGGCGGGGGACCAAGAAGAGUGCUGCUGAGUUGACUGCAGGGGAGCAGGAGGGGGCAGCAGGUGGCGCAGGGGGACAGGAGAUGGUAGCACAAGAGUCGGGUGUAGCUGAGCGUGCGGCGGCAGAGGAGAGAGGGGCUGAUUUGGAUGCAGCCGAGCCAGAGGCACCUCAGCACUGGCAGUCUCCUGUCUGGUUGCAGCUGGACCUCCUCACCCUGGCACAGGCUGCACAGCACUGCGGCGCAUCGCUCACGGCCAUUCUCUACGCAGAGCUCUGGUGUGAGGCGCGCUUUGGACGGCCCACUCUCGGUGAACCGAGCUUUGAUGAGGACUCUGAUGCGGUGGAGCCCCAUGAGGCGCUGCUGCUGGGGUGCUACAGUGCCGUGAACGAGCCCGAUGCCAUCUAUGCCGUCGCUCGCACCAAUAAGCUGCCGUCCCCAGGUGCUGCUGGAGGGGCGGUGCAUGGAGCUCUUGGGACAGAAAGAACGGACUUUCUCGAGCUUCAGUACGAAGCUGCCUGGAAGAUGGGCAAGUGGGACCUGCCAGCGGCUCAGCUCCCGGACUCAUCACCCUGCCCGUCCUCCACGUCGCUCACACUGGCAGCCCCACCAGGCAGCAGCGCCACCACGCCCGCCACCAUGGCCAUGCCUGGCGGCGCUGCUGCUGGCUUCCAUGCCGCGCUCUACAGUUCUCUGAAGGCUCUUCAUGAUGCCGACUGCACCUCCGCCGCCGCCGCUGCUGUUGCUGCUCAGCAGACUAUUGUGUGCCAGCUGGUGUCCACGUCAGCAGAGAGUGCCCUCCACAUCAACUCGCGCCUCGUCCUCCUCCAGGCCCUGGAAAACGUUCGAGAGGCAGCAGCUCUCUCCCUCGCCCGUGGAGGGGGCCUGCCCAUUCACGCAGGGCAGGCACGGCACACAGAGCUGCACACGUGGCAGCGCCAGCUGGCAGCGUGUGGGAGCAGCUUCGAGUUACAGGAGCCGCUGCUGAGCUGUCGGGGAGCGUAUCUGCGGGCGAGCGGGCAGCAUGGCGCCCUGCCGCUGCACCUGCUAGAAGCUGCCAGCCUCUGCCGCAAGGCGCGCCUGCUGAGCCAGGCAGCAGUGCACGUGCAGCACCUCAAGGACGCGUGCCGCGCCCUCACAACACACGGCCACGCACCCAUGCCUGUGGCCUCCCCGUCACCUACGAGCAGAGCUGCCACAGCGCCGGCAAGGGAGGGGGUGGUGUUCUGUGGGCGGGUGGAGGAGGCGAAGCUGCUGGCAUUGGAGGGGCGGCAGGACAUGGCAGUGCGCCUUCUGCAGCACCUGCUGCGCCCAGACCUGCCACCCCACGCCUCUCAGGGGGCCGCUUCCCCUGCUACUACCGCCUCUGCUGCUGCUGCUGCUGCAUGUGUGCCGGUGCCGGACCGCGUCUACACGCUUGGCAUGGCGGCCAAGUGGCUUGGAGAGACACGCUCUAUCAGUCACCUGGCUCAUUUUGUUCUCUCCCACGGCAAAUCAAAGCUGUUGCUGCUGUUUUCCUUAACUUCUUGGUUACCCUUCUUUCCUUCUCGCCUCCCUCCUUCUCCCCUCCCUCGUCCCCCCUUUCAUUCUCCCCUCUACCACACUGCACUUCUGAACCAACCUUAUUCCCUCACCGUCCCCCUUCACUCACACCUGCCCUCCCCCUCACGCCCCCCGUCCCUCCAGCUCGCGGGAGGUGAUGAGUGGCUACCUGUGGCGCCCAGGUGGACUGUGGACCUCACACUGCGUUUCUGCACCGACCUUAUUCUCUCACCCUCCCCCCUCUCACCUGCCCUCCGCCUCCCACCCACCAGCUCGCGCGUGGUACUGAGUGACUACCUGUGGCGCGCAGUGGACCUCACAACCCACUCGCCCGCCGCCUCGCCUUCGGCUGCUGCUGCCACUGCUCCACCAAGCUACGCCUCGUUUCCUUUUGCCAAUAACUGGCACCAGCAGGAACAGGAGCGGCAGUGGAAGCAGCAGCAGCAGCAGCAAGCGGGGUAUGGAGGGCAGCAGGGGAGUGAGGAGGAGCAGGGGGGGCAGGGGGAGGAGCAAAGGCAGUGGCAACAGCGACGGCAGCGGGGAGAGGUGCAUUUUCAGAUGGCGCGAUAUGUGGAUGGGCUGUUCCUGCUGCUGCAUACUCGCCUGCACUCGCAGCAGUGGCGUGCUGCACAGGAUCUGACGAAACACAAGCGGAAGGAGUUGGAGGAGAUGACGAAGCGACUGAAGGCUUCCAGACGAGACGACGAGAGGCGGGUGUACGGGAUGAAGAUCAUGGAGCUGCAGAAGCAGCUGAGCAUGGACGACACAGAGGCCAACGACCUCCAGGGCGACCAUGACAUGUAUCUGCGAGCUGCUCUCGAUAAUUACAGGAACUGCCUUCUUGCGGCCGACACGUUCAACAUCAAAGUGGUGUUUCGCCUGACAGCCCUCUGGUUCACGCUGCUCAACGAUGCCACAGCAGACGCGGUGAAUGUGGAGAUGCUCACAACCAUCCAGACGGUGCCAUCGUACAAGUUCCUGCCGCUGGUCUACCAGAUGGCAUCCCGCAUGAGCGAGCGAGACCCCCAUGGCUCACCGCCACUCCACCCGGAGACACCCGACUUCCAGUCAGUGUUGACAACACUCGUCAAGCGAAUGGCGGACGAUCAUCCCCUGCACACCGUGCCUGUGCUCAUGGCACUAGCCAAUGGCAACAGGGUGCGCAGCAGCCAGCGCGGGCGCAACCUCUUUGUCGUGGAUGAGGACAAGAUCCGGGCGGCAAAGGCUGUCCUGGGCGGCAUGGCUGAGCGGCACAAGCCCAUGCUGGAUGAGAUGCAGCAGCUGAUGGAUCUCUACAUCCGCCUGGCGGAGAUGGAGUCCAGCAAGGAGGAUCUCAUGCGCUCGAAGCAGCUUCCGAGAAACUUACGCAGUGUCAGGGACCUCUUACGGGUGCCGGUGCUCACAGCCUCGGUGCCUGUGGACCGGACCUGCUGCUAUGCCUCGGGGUCCUUCCCUGCCUUCUGCGGACUCAGGGACAGCAUGCGGGUGAUGCACGGGGUGAAUGCGCCCAAGGUGGUGGAGUGCAUGGGGUCGGACGGCCGCGUGUACAAGCAGCUUGCCAAGUCAGGCAAUGAUGACCUCCGGCAGGACGCUGUGAUGGAGCAGCUGUUCGGGUUGGUGAACUCGCUGCUGCAAGCCCAUGAGGGGGCCACCAGGCGCCACCUCGCCAUCCGCACCUACAAGGUCGUCCCAUUCACUCCCAGUGCAGGACUGCUCGAGUGGGUGGAUGGCACACUGCCGCUUGGGGAGUACCUUCUAGGAAGCACUCGCAAGGGAGGAGCGCACGCACGCUACGGGGGCUCGGAUUGGCCCUUCAUGACAUGCCGUGAAGUGAUGUCACGGGAAAGCGACAAGAGGCAAGCCUUUGACAAGGUUCUUCAGAACUUCCACCCUGUGAUGCGUCAUUUCUUCCUGGAGCGCUUCAUGCUGCCCGCGGACUGGUUUGACCGCCGCCUCACAUACACUCGCAGCGUGGCCGCCACCUCCAUG